CCUUCCAGGGCAGAUCCCCUGUGGGGUGUCGGCUGUGUCCCCGCCCCCCCACUCCCAUGGGGCACCUCCCCGACCGCUCUAUAAGGGGUGGCGGCUGCGGGACCGGCUGCGCUAUGGGGAGCGGGUGGUGCGGUGCGGCGCUGCUGGCUGCGGGGCCGGGGCGAGGGGUGCUGCUCUUCCUCCUCCUCCUCCUCCUCCUCGUGCUGCUGCUGCUGCUGCUGGGCUGCUGCCGGCCGCUGUCGCUGCGGCGCGGCCCCGGGCGGGUGGGGUACGUGCCAUGCCCCGGGCUGAGCCGCCCCCGCCGCGCCCGCCGCCCCGGCGCCCCGCCGCCGCCCUUCCCCAACGGCUGGUACCGGCUGCUCGACUCGGAGCAGCUGCCCCGCGGCGCCGCCCGCAGCCUCGCCCUGCUCGGAGAGCAGCUCGCUGUGUUUCGCACCCAGGAUGGCCAGGCCUUUGUGGUGGAUGCUUACUGCCCUCACCUCGGAGCCAACCUGGCUGCUGGUGGCCGCGUUGUGGGCAACUGCAUCGAGUGCCCGUUCCAUGGCUGGCGCUUUCGGGGGGAAGAUGGAAAAUGCACCAGCAUCCCCUAUGUUGAAAAAGUGCCAGACUUGGCGAGGGUCCGGACCUGGCCGUGCUGCGAGGUGAACGGGAUGCUGCUGCUCUGGUACCACUGCGAGGGGCUGGGGCCCACGUGGGCAGUGCCCGAGCAGCGUGAGAUCACCACCAAACAGUGGGUGUUCCGCGGGCAGACGGAGCACGUGGUUGAUGCACACAUCCAGGAAAUCCCAGAGAACGCGGCCGACUCGGCUCACCUGGCUUUCCUCCAUGGACCAGCCAUUCUGGGCGGAUCUGACCUGAGAUACACGAGGUCCAAGCUGUGGGAUUUUAUGAAGCACAACUGGAAGGCAGAGUGGUGGCCGGAGCCAGAGCCCAACAAGCAUUGCUCCCGGAUGCUGCUGCAACACACCGCAACCGUUUUUGGGAAGCACUUCUCCCUGAUGGAUUUGACAGUUUCAGCCAGGCAGGUAGGGCCAGGACUGGUUUUCCUGCUCUUUGAACACACUUUCCUGGGCCGUGGGAUCAUCCUGCAGACCGUGACACCCCUGGAGCCUCUCCUGCAGAGUGUGGUCCACAAAAUCUACUACCAGAAGAACAUUCCAGCCAUAAUCCCCAAGUUCAUCCUGAGAGCAGAGUGCAUCCAGUUUGAGCGGGAUAUCACCAUCUGGAAUAACAAACAGUACCUGCCCAAGCCGCUGCUGGUCAGGGAGGACUCCAGCAUCCAGAAGCACCGGCGCUGGUAUUCCCAGUUCUACAGCGAGAAGAGCAAAAGGCCCCCUGCGCCAAAGGACCUGGAGUGGUGAGGACCCUGCUGCCCACUGGGGCCGGAGGCUCUCGGGUGGAUCCCUCCCAGCCUCCCUGGUGGCAGCAGCGCUGGGCAGCAGUGAUCGCUGUAACCAGGAUUGGCACUGGCACAGGGAGCAGAGCCUGAGCCUUGCUGAGCCUCGUCUAUCUUCCAUGUUCAGGGCACCAAAGCUCAAAGGGUGUAAUGUGCUUGCUCUUGUACCUGUGCUGCAAUAUGUGAACUGAGUGUGAGCUUAAAGUUGCCAGAGCUGCCUUCAAAGUGCCCUUGUUUCUCGCUGCUGCUGUCGUUUUGAGCAGUUACGUGAAAAGCUUUUCUUGUGUUCUUUUAUGCCUGAAGUGUCCUUUCCCAGGCAGGCCCAGUGUCGC